AUGCAGGGACCGCCACUGCCACCCUACAGGGGCACAGCGCGGUUCUCAUUAGUUCCACUGGGUUACCUGAGGGCGAGGGAACACAAACUCCUAAAACCCAGCCACUCAGGUGUGUACGGCGUCAGGGGAGCAGCUCCUGGCCCGCCUCGACUCUCUUUCAUGGAUUUAACGCUCUCCUCAACACACUCCACCUCUCCACACUCGCCCUCAACACUCCACUUUACUCUUACCCAAAUUCAGCUCCAGAUAUACAUGGAACUCCCGCCUCAACUUCCACUUCAUCUCAUCCUCUUCCCCGCCUCCCUCUCCCUUCCAUCUCCAAGACCCACACUCUCCCAAGGCAGUCCCAGCGAGGAGCGGGGAUGGUCUUGGCAGUGGUGCUGCUCCUUCUGCAGGCGGGACGCGGAUCAGGAAGCGAGUUACCUGAUCGGGAAUGUUGUGACUCCGCACCGCCUCCCCCUCCCACACUACCACACCGUCACCUCCACCACCACCUCCACUACCCCGCAACCUCCAGCAUACGGCGGAUCGCACCAGCCAGAGCACCAGACCUUGAACUGUCUUCUGGCCAAGCAGCUUUGUGAGGAAGACUCCAACUGUUCCGCCAUCCUCAAGGUUAUUCCCACUCUCUGCGGGCCGGAGCUAGUGGCGUGCUCCACAGUGACGGUGUCGAGAUGCCAGGCGGCGCUCAAGACCCUGGUUCAGUUUUCAUGGUUCCAGCCCACCUGUUUGUGCCGGGAGCCGCGCCUCGAUCCGCAGUGCAAUGCCUUCAGGGACCUUCUCUUCGACCACCCCUGCGUCUUCAUCAUCAGGAAAGACGUGGACCUACACCCGCUGCAUUACAUCCCCACCUGUCACGUCGCGUCGGACAUCUGCCGCGAGAGUCCGUGGUGUCAGCAGCAGCUCGACAUGUUCCGCACCACCUGCAAGUACCGCGAUGGCCGCUGCAGGAACCCAGACAGAGAGAAUUGCCUCACUUCGUGGUUGAAACUUCGGGAGACACCUUUACUAGGAUGCAUCUGUCCCGACAACAAGGACAAGCGGUGUGGGCAUCUUUACUCCCUUGUCAACGAAAAUCCUUGUCUCGGGGAGCGGUACCCGGGGCGCGUGGCGGCCAUGUCGCGGGUGGCGGCCGCCCUGGGGUCGCCGCUCUCCCAGACGGUGUCGAUGCCUACCGCUGCCGCCACGCACAUCAUCAUCUCCACCUCCCAAGCUGACCCUCUCUACCCUCUCUCCACCAAACACCACUACCUCCAGCACCUGCCGGUGACCAAGGCAGACCACAACGUGUCCUUGGAUCAACUCAAGUACGUGGCGGGCACCUGUCACGAGGCCUUUGAGGGAUGCAUGGCCAACUCAGGCUGCCGCAGUAAACUGGAAGAGGUGAGCAGCCACUGCGAGGCCGCUAAGUGCCAGAAGGAAGAUUGCAGGAGCGCCAUUAAAAACAUCUACAAAUACCUACUCGACACUGACCAGGAGCUUGCCCUCAAGAUCGCCCUCUGCGUGUGUAGAGACAGCAGCGCCAAGAACUACGGCAAGUGCUUGAGGGGACAGCGGCGCCUCCAUCCGCCCUGCGCCAUCAUGAGUGACUCCGCGUCCGCCAACCAGUGCCACAGUCUGGGAAGGGAAUGCCGCGGGGACCGAGUGUGCAGAUACCAGCUUGAGCACUACGAGCUGUCCUGCGCGGCGGACACAGUGACGGGUCGCUGCGCAGGCCACCACAGGGAGUGUACCAAGGCUAUGCUGGGCCUGCUGGGCACUAACUUGCACACCAACUGCGCCUGCAAAGUCACUGCCUUCCAGGACAUCAACCAGUGCCUGGCCUGGAAGCGACUCAUUUGGGGCAACCCUUGUGUAGUGGAGGCUCAGCUCACCUACCACCUGAAGCAGCUCGGGAUCAACGCUGACCCGCUCAUCUCCUUCACUGACAGUCUGGACGCCCGUGUGGAUCAGCUCCCUGCAGAGGAAGAGACACUUUCCCCGCAGUUGGCGGUAGUCGGGGGCGCCAACAGAGCCCUUUACUCGAGGUCUGAUUCCCUGGAAGAUCUAACGGAGGAGGUGCCUAGACCAGUUGGCGUGGAGGCGCGGAAGGUUGCCAGCACCGCUCAGAGUGACCACACGCACCCCAACGCAGCCCCGGCAGCCCCCUUCGCCACCUUCACCACCUCCGCCACUAACAGGCCGGAGAAUUACUGUGAGGUGCGACAUCAUUCAGACACCACCCCGCACAUCAUCGAGGAGGGCGAGAAGAUAAGGCUGUAUGACGGCAGAACCACUGACUGCUCGACGCUCUGCAUCUGCCAGCAACACGGACAGAUGCAGUGUAUGGUGUUGGAGUGCACGAAGGAGAAGGCGUGCGAGACAACCUCUGCCGUGUAUAACCACAACUCCCCAGCAUAUCAGGUCAGCCGAGGCGAUUGUAUCUGCUACUCUGGAGACUUUGUGUGUCAGCGGCCGAGGGAAGAGGACUUCAACUUGCCGAUGGGUCUUUUCUUGAUGCUUGGGUUCAGCAAGAAGGAAGAGGCGUUGCUGAAGAGCGCAACGGGGAGUGGCGUGGCGGAGGCCAUCCCGCCCCUGCAGCAACUCUUCCGAUCCAUCGCUAUAAACCUGGGUGAGGACUGUCAGCUGGAGUUGAUCCAUCACACUGAGAACAACGUGGUGCUUCAGGCAAGGCACUCCAAGCUGAUGGUGGACCCGAUGCACGCUGGCAACGUCACCUACAGCCAGGACAUGCUGCACGACGAGCGGGACCGCUGCGAGGAGCCCAUCCAUAGGGUGGGAGCCAUGUUCCAGCACCGCUCGCCGCGAAUCCACCACGACGUGCGCCUCUCGCUCUUCGUGCUGGCCGAGGUUAUUGACAAUGUGCCGGACCACCAGAGAAUCAGCAAUGGCAGCAGCGGCCAGCCUUCGUCCUUGGCCAUGCGGGCGUACUGGUGGGCGUGGCUGGCGGCAGCAGUGGUGGUGCUCGCCGCCAGGUUCCAGGCUUCUAACUACUCGGUCGCCGUCGCCACAGUUGCGUCGUGAUGCUCAAUUUGUUCCCUCACGUCGCGCUCCGCCGCCCGCCAUUCGGCAAAACAGUGUACAUAAGAGAUGUGGAUGGAUGCCACGUAUACAUGUAAGGAAUGUAAAUACCUUGUAUGCAGAGAUGAGGUGUCGGUGUUGCAAGACAGUCAUGUGAGGCGUCGUGAAACACUCAAGGUCGGCAGCGGCCUCCUCCUCAUGCCAGGAGCCUCGCCUGUCCGCGACUCUCCCUUGUCGCUCGUUCAUGUUCCUUCCGGCCGUCGUCCAGUCUGUGUCACGGGAAAGAGGGAAGUCACCCGCUAUCGAAGUCGUCCUGUAAGAUAAACGAUACGUUAUAUGUAUAAAACACACACAUCACGUCCCGUCAAAUGGUUCACUAACCAGCCAGCCACGCGGCACUGAGUGGGCGGAAAACACGAAGCAUCAAGAGCCGCUGGGCGGACUUGGUGUCAGGCGGACUUUUCGCACACUCCCAGGUGCUCCUCGGCCCCUGGGUCCCGUGCCUGCGGGGCCUCCCUCAGCUGCCGUGCCAUGGUCAACCCUUCACCGCGUGGUUUGUAAGUGUUCGUUUUUAUCGUUUAGUGAGCUGCAGGCUCCCUCGGAGUUACUCUUGAGGGGAGUCGGUGAUGCUUCCAGAAAAGCCAAUAGUCCCAGAUUUUUACCGGGUCGAGCGGCCGUCUGCCUGUCCUGUACAAUCAGUGUCAACACACAACGUCUGGGGUCCUCCACUGCCCCGCCGCAAGUCUUCAUUCACAAGAGCGCUAACUAAAGCUUGUCGUCUCU